AUGGCGGACAAGUCGACCCCAAACGUACAACCUCACUAUGAACCUGUGAGCCCUGACGAAACCCCACUCUGUCAUCACCACUACCAAUAUGGCGGCUCUUUCAACUCGGAUUCCUCUGAUCAGUCCAAGGCCAAUGUUGGUGUAUACAACUUCGACACUCCAGACAAUCAUCGCUCUGUCCAGCCCUCAAAAUGGCGGCUCAAGACGCUUUUAAAGAAAUGGCGGUUAAAGGCUGUCCUGGCCUCCUUUGAAAAGAAGGAUGAACGGCAAGUCCCGAUCGUCAAAGACAGGCUCACUGCCACACUCACCGCGAUGAUCCAUCUACCAGCCAUUGCUGGUAUCAUUACCCUCAGCUUCUACAUCUUGAAGAACUACUAUAUCGGCAAGGAACUAGAAGGCAAGCCAGGCUACGACGUCGAGAAGAAACUCGGCAUCCAAUUCGCCUCCAAGCUCAUGGAAAUGUUCAUUGUCCUUUCCCUCAACGCUAUUGUGUUUGCCAUGGUCCGGCACGAGUUCACCCUCGGUCAAUCGGUUCCCUAUGGUGCUCUAGUAGCCGGUCAACAGAUUUCGGAAAUCAGCUUUCUCUGGUCAGACGAGUUCAAGAGCAUUUUGACAGGGAGGUUUUCUAGGGGCUGGAAGAAGUUGAUCUUCAUCUUCGCCAUUUUUGUCUGUACUAUCAUGGCAUUCGGUGCCUCAUCUCUCAGUGCCGUGGCAAUGAUGCCGCAAGAAGGCGAAUGGAGCGCCGGUGGAAGCAUCGUUUACAUCAACGCUACUCAAGACGAAGUCUUCCCGAUAGUCUUCACGGAUAACAAUACUCUCGGUGAUGCCUGCAAAGUCACUGGAAACGAGUUAUGUCCUUCAUGGCAGUGGGAAGUUCUCAACACCCAGAUCAUCUCCAAGUUUCCUUCAUCCGGCCAGGUGAACGACGGAUUGUUUGCCAGACGACCUCCACGCGAAGUCUAUGUCUCCGGCCCCUUGACGACUCUCGUCAAUCUUGUUGUGGAUGUCCGAGAGAAAUGGUUCAACUUGAACAGCCCCAACCACACAGUCGCCAUGAUGCCUCACUUUGCACCCGCUGAGGCCUGCGUUGUCAGCUCCCUUCACUGGGAGCAGGCCGCGGGUAACUCUGCCAUAGCAAAGCAAACCAGGUUCAGUCUGUACAGCAAGAUUGAACAUCGCCUGGAAAGUUCCAUGGCCAUCAGCCACACCAGGUGUGAAAGGAUUUCGACAGACUCGGAGAAACCCAAGACUGUGCUGUUCCCUGACUUUGUUUCUUUUCCUCCCUCGACCCUUAAUGUCACCGAUGACAAUAUCAGCGACUGGUUGUUGGAGACACUACCUGACUUGAAGCAGCCCGAGGUAUUUUGGUUUGAUUCCAGCCCCAUUAUCGCCAACACUUCCGUCGGCGCGGUGGUGGCGAUUCCUUCGAAUCAGUCGGACAGCUCCUUCGACAUUUACGGCUGCAUGAUUGAUGCUAGAUGGAUCACGGCUACUUUGUCGGGCGACGCUGUUGCACUUCUCAGCAAGGGAUACGCCCCAUUUUCUGACUCCAUCGCCACCUCUCUAGCUGGCUCUUGGAUUGGCAAUCCUAUUUACGGCCAGCGCGUUCGCAUCGAGCCGAGCUUUGCGGAGUACCUCAAUCCCCAGGACUCGAGAACCAAGCGAACCAUCAUCCACGAAAUGAUUCUCAGCAGUGGCGUCUGGACCUCCGAUGGUGAGGGAUCCAGGUCUCCCGAGCACCUGGAGGCAAUCCUGGGAGGCUUGGCUACAAACGGCCUGGCACGGUCGACUCCAAGGGCAACACCCAUCACGGCUUUGGCUGACCCCAAGGGAGAGUGGUGGAGGACCUUCAUGCCACAAGACGGCAAUGUAUUCGGUCCCGGUGGAAGCCCUUACGCGGUUUCCAGCGAGGACGAGGCCCGUUUCUACAGGACCGAGAUAGAAACCUGGGUCACGGGAUUCGCUUUUGCUGAUAACAGUCUCACGAUGCGAGGGGCCAUGGCAGUUUUCUACCUCUACGCAUUUUUUGUGAUAGUGUAUUCCGUUUGGUCGAUAUGGUCUGGCAUCACUUCGUCAUCCUGGGAGUCAGUUCCAGACCUUCUCGCUCUAGCACUUGCCGACAAGAAGCCACUCAAUGACUCUAGGGCAUUGGACGAGGACAGAUUCAAGAGUGCAGAUAUCAUGAAGGAAAAUUAUUGCAUAUCAGCAGACGGGGGAAUUUUGAGGCUUCGACCAACUCAUGGCCCGGUGCCAUACGAGAACCGGGUGAAGCCAAACGAGGCCUAUGACUGA